AUGGAGAGCUCCCCAGAACCCACCACCAACAGCACCCCAGGGCCUUUUGAUGGCCCCCAGUGGCCCCACCAGGCUCCCAGGGCCACCUACGUGGUGGUGGCCGUGCUGAUGGGCCUGGUGGUGGCCUCGGCCUCGCUGCUCAACGGGCUGGUCAUCGUGGUGUCCGUGCGGCACCGGCGGCUGCGCUCGCCGCUCAAUUACAUCCUGGUGAACCUGGCUGCAGCCAACCUGCUGGUGACACUGUGCGGCAGCUCCGUCAGCCUCUCCAACAACAUCCGCGGCUUCUUCGCCUUYGGCCGGCGCCUCUGCGAGCUCGAGGGCUUCAUGGUGUCACUGACAGGCCUGAGGACCUCCUGCGGGCCCAACUGGUACACGGGGGGCAGCACCAACAACAGCUACAUCCUGGCCCUGUUUGUCACCUGCUUUGUGCUGCCCCUCAGCCUGAUCCUGUUCUCCUAUGCCAACCUGCUGCUGACCCUGCGGGCGGCGGCGGCGCAGCAGCGGCAGUCGGACAGCACGCAGCAGGCGGAGCGGGAGGUGACGCGCAUGGUGGUGGCCAUGGUGGUGGCCUUCCUCGCCUGCUGGUUGCCCUAYGCCACCUUCGCCCUGGUGGUGGCCACCAACAAGGAUAUCGUCAUCCAACCCGCCCUGGCCUCCCUGCCCUCCUACUUCUCCAAGACAGCCACGGUUUACAACCCCAUCAUCUACGUCUUCAUGAACAAGCAGUUCCAGAGCUGCCUGCUGGGAAUGCUGUGCUGUGGUCACCACCCCCGAGGGACAGCGAAAUCCUCUCCGGCCACCCCCGGCCCCUGUGGGGCUGCAGACGGGCUGAGGAACAAGGUGACACCGGUGACACCGUCCCACGCCGUGUGA